CGGCGAGAUGCGGCCAGUCGCGCGGGAAACUUCGCGGCGGACAGUCAUGUUAUAAGCUGUAUUGAAUUAAAUUGUUUACGUCGAUAUUUACGACAAUCGUCUCGAGAACGAACGCGUUGCGUGAAGUGAUAUUCAUGUGCAGACAAUAGCUAAUAAUGUCCGGUUAAUAUUUUUGUUUGUCCGUGAUAAAUCAAGUCUGCCCAAAUGAAGAUGACUGUGAAUCGUAUAAGGGUGGUGGUGCUUGGGAGCCCGAGGAGUGGAAAAUCUGCGGUGGUCGUACGAUAUCUCACCAAGCGGUACAUCGGGGAGUAUAGUUCGACUGGAGAUUUCCUUUAUCAGCACAGAGUAGCGUUCGACGGAGCCGUUUCAGAGGUUGAAAUAUUAGAUACAUCUAAUUGCGCGAUACGUGGUUGUUUGGCGGAGCACGUGCGAUGGGGCGACGCGUUUGCCGUGGUGUAUUCGGUGUGUGAACGUCGUUCGUUUUUGGCGGCUGCGGAACUGUUAUCGCUUCUGGAACGGACUCGGCUCCCGGGAUGUGCCGCUAUCACUCUCUUGGGGAACAAACGAGACCUCGAACACGCGAGGGAGGUCCACGCAGAGGAGGGCCAAGAGCUGUCACUGCGGUUCGGGUGCCAGUUCUACGAAGUGUCCGCGGCGGAGUCAUGCGCGGGCGCAGCGCUUGCGUUCCACGCGCUGCUGCGGGAGGCGCGCGCGCUCGCUCUUUUGUUGCCUACGCCAAGGCGCAAGCUUGCCGCUUAUUCUGUCUCUAAGGUAUAUUUUGUAAUCGGUACGAUAUUCGGAAAGAACAGCAAAAGUGUGCGGAAAAAACGGCCGUCCCUUAGCAUUUAAGUAUUUGUAAUUUAUUAUAGAUUUAGUUAUACAUCCACCAGACUGCUUUGUACAUAAUAUUAUUAAUAAUUAGUAUAAGACAAAUCUCUAUCUUCGAAGAUAGAUUUAAGCGUUUUUUGUUUAUUGUACAGAAACACGAAAUUAUAAACGAUAAAUGUGGAAAUGAUAUUUGCUGCCAUAAAUUGUUUGUAAAUAAGGAAAAUAUUUUAUUAUAUUUUUAUCUUUUUAUGUAAACCUCGCAUUAGGCUUACGGCGAAUGGCGCCUAUCGAUAAAUAUUGUAAAUAAAAAUUAAAUAAUCAUAUAUUGUAUAGGAUUCAUAAACUUAUCAAAGUGAGGUUUGUAGCUUUUAAAGUAUAAUAAAGUUUUAUACUUCAAUAUAAA